AUGAGACGUUUUGAGUCCCAUCAUGCAGACCGAUUUUGCAGCUUAGAUUAUUACUUGCGUCUGCUGAGCAAGGUCACGCUGGUUUCCGUUGAAAUAGAGAUCGUAAACCCGCUAAACAAGCAGAUUCGGGAGUUGUUACAGGAUCAGCCGGUGAGGUGCGCCAUUGGCGAGAACGGUUUUGAUGAACCAUCAGGCCUGGAUUCCACGUGCCCUGAGGUGUCGGACUGGGACAUCGAGUUGCCUGACCUGCUAGGAGUUGGAAUAUACGAAUCGCUGUCGCGGCUUAAUCACUCCUGCAGCCCUAAUCUCGAGUUCGAGUAUGGAUGCGACAAUUUGGCCAGGGUUCGAGUGCUUCGGCCAGUUUCGGCAGGCGAACAGGCUACGAUCGCUUACAUCGAUGAACAAGCACCAUUAGAAGAGCGUCGUAAGGAGCUAUGGAACAACUACGGUUUCGUAUGUCGCUGUUCCAAGUGCCUGUCAGACGAGGAAGCAGAAAAGACAAUAGACCACCAUGAUGAUCCUGGCGUUUCUUUUGAGACCUUUCUGGACGCACUGGUCGACGAACGCGUGUUAGAUUUGAAGUAUAAUGGCGUGUUGCCAGCUUUGAUUGCGAGUCUAAAGCGCAGUUGUUGGUUUUUUGAGUCUACACUGUUUGGUCCCCGGUCUAAGGCGGCGUCCAUAUUCCUCAAAGCAUCAUUGCAUAAGGAAUCCUAUCGCAAGUGCGGUGUAGAGCCCAUAUUCAAGCCCCAUGAAACGCAGAAGUACUUGCAGAAGCGCCAGACGAUCGUUCACUUCUUCAAGCGCGCGAAAGCGGCACCUCCGGACCAAAAACCAGGGGCUUCAAAUAGCAUGGAUUACCUCAAGAGAACCAUGGACUACAUGUACAAUGUACCGAAUGGCGACGGCGAGCAUACAGAUGCGUUUUGUAAUCGCAUAAUAACGGGAGAUGAGUUGAUGUUUAGUGAAUCGGAGGCAGUGACUGGGUCGGAUAAAUCCGACGCUGACAUUGCCGAUUCAGAUAUCGCAGGGAAUACCACAGUGGGACCAAAUACCGAGUUGUCAAAAGUCAAGUGCGACGAUGGGUCCAAUGGGGGAACUUCGUGCGUAGAGUCAUCUUCGGGACUCGAUUAUGAGGGUGACAUGAGCCAGGAUUCCUCUGUUACGGGUGGCACCCAGGAAACGUGGGAGGACUCAGAUCUGCUAAAGAAACGCAGAAUGGGUCCAUCUGACGCAUUUGUUGAAUGCACAACUGCAACACAAACAGAUUAUAUUCCGAAUGCAACUGUUAAAACUUGCACGGAGGCACAUAUCGGGGGAUACAAGGACACGCAUCGGUCAACCGAUGCGUCAUCACCGACGGCGGAUUUGAAGAAUGAUUCAAACUCCGAAUCGUGUAACACGUUAGGCCCCAGCUGCCCUGCGGGUGAUGCUUCAACGGGUUCCGUCGAUGCAUCGACUGACAGUGCCGCGGCGGAAAAGUCGGAACGCAGCCACUUUUGCAACUCAUCGGUUAUUAUGUAUGGGCGCUCCAAUCUGAUGGCGCCGUGCUACUAUGCCAUCAGACACCUACUGUCGAAGCCCAUGAGUGAGCUGUUGGCGUACCCGGAACACUUCCGCACUCGUUACACCUUCGUGCUUUGGCAGAAUCCUUGCCUUCAGCACCUCUGCGGCCGUGAGGUUCGAUUUGCGUAUCUGAACAACGAAAUCACUGCUGCGAAAGUGAUAGAGAUUUUGUCGAACAAGAAGAGCAAAUGCUGUAUUGUGGAGGACAUCGACGUUUUACCUGAGGAGCUGCAGUUGGUCAUCGCGAAGCAUAUGCUAAAGCACGACCGCCCGUUUUUCUUCCUCAGCAGCCAAAUUAAUCGUGUGUCUCCGGUGCUGCGGGGCAUCGCAUUUAACUUUCGCGUUCCGCCGAUGAACGUUGACAUGUUGGUUGAUAAGGCGCUGUCUCAGCAACUGUGCCCCGGCCUUUUUUUGGGUAUGGCUAGAAAAAAUAUAAUUGAGUGCGCUAAUCGUGCACGAGAUGACGUUGUUGCGCUAUAUUGCACACUGGUUUCGUUGCAACAGAAGAAAACAGUUUCGUCUAGGCGUGAUAGCCUGCCGCUGAGGCGCAUAGUCCAUUGCAUUGCUUUUCAGGAGAAAACAAUGCGCACAAUCAUGUUCAUAAAGAAUAGCGUUUCGGGACUGGCGUCUGCAUACAACCGUGACCCCACUACGUUUUGGUUGGAAUUUCUGGACGAGGUGAACGCAGUUGGGCGGGCGGAGCUCUUGAAUGUCAGGGAGAAGUUUUACCACCUCAUCGCGCAGAAAUCGACCCUUCUCGCCAGCAUGGGCGACCCUCGUGUCACUCUCGAGUCCACCUUUCUGGAGAUGAUGGACAUGGUCAAUGGCACGUGCAAAGCCAUUAGAUGA